AUAUCAAGCAACCAGAGCACAAAAAGGAAAUUUCAUGAAUUUCUGACAGUGUUUGUAUAUAAUUGUCAAAGACGAAAAUGAAUGGCGUUAAAUUAUUUCGAAAGUUCAGAACUUUACCAAAAAAUAGUCGAAAGUUUUCGAAUAAAUGUGAGAAGUCCUCUGAAAAAUCAUCAGACCUUUAUGAAAAGCACACUAUAAUCAAUCAUAAGUAUGACUGCGUAGUUGUGGGGGCUGGUGGGGCAGGUUUGAGAACAGCAUACGGCUUAGUAUCGCAAGGAUUCAAGACUGCCUGCAUUUCGAAAUUAUUUCCAACAAGGUCUCAUACGGUUGCCGCCCAAGGAGGAAUAAACGCUGCCCUGAGUCACUACGAAGAUGACUGUUGGUUGUGGCAUCAAUACGACACUGUCAAAGGUUCUGAUUGGCUUGGAGAUCAAAACGCUAUUCAUUACAUGACUAGAGAUGCCCCAAGGGCAGUAUUGGAGUUGGAGAACAUUGGAAUGCCUUUUUCUCGUAACAAAGACGGUAGGAUAUAUCAAAGAGCUUUCGGGGGCCAGACUCUGAAGAAAGGAGAUGGUGGACAAGCGCACAGGACAUGUGCUGCUGCAGAUGCUACCGGGCACUACUUGCUUCAUACUCUAUAUGGACAGGCGGUAAAAUACAACUGUGAAUUUUUCAUCGAAUAUUUUGUCAUGGAUCUCUUGGUGAAAGACGACAAAUGCUGCGGUGUUAUUGCUUGGAAUUUGGAAGAUGGUACAAUUCAUAGAUUUUUCACCAAUAAUACCGUGAUUGCAACAGGUGGCUUCGAAAGGUCAUACUUUUCAUGUACAGCUGCUCACACAUCGACUGGCGAUGGUACUGCAAUGGUCACUAGGGCAGGAUUUCCCCUGGAAGAUAUGGAGUUCAUACAGUUCCAUCCAACGGGUGUAUACGGAGUUGGAGUUUUGAUAACGGAAGGUGCCAGAGGUGAAGGUGGUUUCAUACUAAACAGUAAAGGAGAACGGUUCAUGGAGAAAUAUGCACCGAAAGCGAAGGAUCUGGCUUCCAGAGAUGUCGUUUCCAGGUGUAUCACACUGGAGAUUCUGGAAGGUAGAGGGUGUGGACCGGAAAAGGAUCAUGUUCAUCUUCAACUGCACCACCUUCCAAAGGAGAAAAUACUGAGGCAGCUACCUGGAAUAAGGCAAACCGCCUCUGAUUUCGCUGGAGUCGAUAUAACUAGAGAGAACAUAUCGAUUAUACCGACUGUUCAUUACACAAUGGGUGGGAUACCGACAAAUUAUAAGGGCCAGGCUUUGACGCAAGUGGCUCCUGGUAAGGAUCAGGUGAUUCAAGGUCUCUACGCUUGCGGUGAGGCAGCUUGUGUUUCGGUGCACGGAGCGAAUCGACUGGGAGCAAAUUCCCUGCUGGAAAUUGUAGUUUUUGGAAAAGCCGUGGCUGACGCCAUCACUCAGUAUAGUAGUCCCGGAGAAGAAAUUAUUGUUGAUGAGAGUUUGGGUCAGAUUUCUUUGGACCAUCUGGACAGAUUGAGACACGCCGAUGGAAAGUAUACAGUCGGCGAGUUACGGUUGAAAUUACAGAAAACAAUGCAGAAGCAUGCCGGAGUUUUUCGAAAUCAGGAAAUCCUCGAGGAGGGAUGCAGACUUGUCUCAGACCUGUACCUGGAAUUUAAUAACAUCAAAGUAUCAGAUAGAGGAAUGAUUUGGAAUACAGAUCUUGUUGAAGCAUUAGAAUUGCACAACUUGUUUAUCAAUUCAAUACAAGCGAUCUACUCAAUGGAGCAGAGAAAAGAAUCUAGGGGUGCCCACGCCAGAGAAGACUGUAAGCAACGAAUAGAUGAAUACGAUUAUUCGAAACCAAUAAGAGGGCAGAGGAGACUAUCUUUUGAUGAUCAUUGGAGGAAACAUACCCUCUCGUGGAUGGACGUAGAAUCAGGAGAGGUUUGUUUCACAUAUCGACCUGUUAUAGACUGCACCCUCGAUGAAGAUGAGUGUCCUAGUAUUCCACCCAAAAUGAGAGCUUACUGAACAUUUUAUCACAAAGAGUCAAUAAAUUUUGUUGUUUCUA